AUGAAACCCGGGCCUAAAAUUGGGUCUUCGCAAAAGCAGAGAAAACGCCGACGACAGAAUGAGACAUCCCAGAGUCGACAGAUUAACUCGCAUUCUAGACCGCCACCUGGUCCUUUCAGUGGCCCACGGAAUGGAGAUUUCGACCCAUUGGACGAUGGGCUGGAGAAAGAAGAGUUGCUCCCCGCCGUCCGGGCCGAUCUUACUGAGACAACAACUGGGAUGGAGAUGCGUGGAAGCUCGCAACAGCGAACCUCACAGUUGAAUACGCUCGACCUCGCUUUCAUUUUACAUCCAUCACACGAGGUCACCACUCCUGAUCAGGCCCAGAGGCAGAGCCCGAGCUUUCAAGAUGGUCAACACACAGGUCUUUGCCGUCAAGCCUGCACAGAGCUAGGGGUCUCGCAAGCUGCCAUGAAUGAAAUGUAA